AUGUUGUUGUUCUCCCCAUUAUUUACAGUAUGGACCGUGCUCUCAAGAGGUACCGCAUAUGCGGCCCCUUCUACUACUAACCUGGAAGUCUUUGAGGAGCUCAAUGGUGUUCCCAGAGGUUGGUAUCAAGGAGAUCUAGCACCGGCCCCUCAGUUGGUCAAGUUUCACAUUGCCGUUCGUCAGGAAGAAAAACAAGCACUACUGGAACAACACCUCCUCCAGAUUUCGACUCCCGGACACGACAAGUAUGGCCAGCAUUACAACUCGGAACAGUUGGCUGCGCUUCUCCGACCCGACGCUGACGUGUCGGAUGCCAUCAUGACCUGGCUGUACGACUCUGGCAUUCCACAGGCAAAUAUUCAAGACAACGGGGAAUGGAUCAAUGUGGUGACGACGGUUGAACGGGCAGAAGUCCUACUCGACACCCAGUUUCAUUACUACCACCACCAUGUCACGGACGAAGUAGUACCGGUCAUACGGACGCUCCAGUACUCGGUACCGGCCCAUCUCCACCGACACAUCCAAAUGAUUCAACCUACGACUCACUUCAGCCGUCUUCAGCCUCAACAAUCGACCCGAGCGCCGGGUCCUCCAUUCGAGGUGUAUGGUUCCCCCACCAAACUCAAUGUGACGUACUGCAACACGACCACACCUCCGGACUGCAUCCGGGCUCUCUACAAGAUUGGAAACUUCAGAGCCAACUCCAGCUCGGGAGUCAAGUUGGGCAUCUCCGGAUUCAACUACCAGCAAGCCGUCCACAGUGACCUCCAGCUAUUCCUGAACAAGUGGGCCCCCAAGGAGAACGACACGACCUUCAAAGUGGUGACGUCCAACGGUGGAGUAAACAAUGAAUCCGGAGUCGUGGAUUGGGCCAAAGAGGCCAACCUGGACGUCCAGUACGGUACAAGUCUCUCACCCGGGAUCCCAGCGACAUUUUACAAGACGGGCGGUCUCGGUCCUCUCAUACCCGACCUGCAACAGCCUCACAACUCGGAGUCGAUCGACGUGCAGGAACCAUUCUUGGAACAUCUACAAUUCCUGCUCAACUUGACCGACGAGCAUCUCCCCACGGUUCUCAGUAUUUCCUACGCGGCAGACGAACAGAGUCACCCUGUUUCCUACAUGAAGAGUGUGUGUCAGUUGUUUGCAAAGCUUGGUGCUCGAGGUACUUCUGUUCUUGUAGCUAGUGGCGACGGUGGUCCAGGUGACGGAUGCAUGACCAACGACGGCAAAAACACGACCCGAUUCCAACCUCAAUUCCCUUCUUCGUGCCCUUGGAUCACCGCGGUGGGUGGUACGGAGCAGGUAGAGCCAGAGAUCGCGACGUGGUUGUCUGGAGGUGGCUUUUCGGACAUUUUUGCUCGACCAGACUAUCAAGCCGAACAAGUCGAGAAUUAUCUCGACAAGACCGUCAAAGAUAGGUUCAAGGGUCUCUACAAUCGCACUGGACGAGGCAUUCCGGACAUUUCGGCGCAAGCUCAAACCACCUAUCCAAUGUUUCAUAUGGGAAAGGAAUUGGCAGAUGGUGGGACAAGUUUCGCUACACCAGUGUGGGCUGCCAUUAUUGCCAACAUCAAUUCGGCGAGGCUAUCAAAGGGCAUGAAACCUCUUGGGUUCCUCAACCCGUGGCUUUACGGCGACGGCCGCAAGGCUCUGACCGACAUCACCAAGGGAGGGUCUCAGGGCUGUUUCGACGUCGCGUUGGGGUCUGGUUUGGACGCCCCGGAAGUACCUGGUGCGGGAUGGAAUGCCACAUCCGGGUGGGAUGCGGUGACUGGAUUGGGAACCCCGAAUUUCGAAAAAACCGGAGCGACAGGUUAUGUCGGUGGUCAGGCUCUCCACGCCAUAGCGUCGUCCACUCCGUCCUCACACGUUUCAAUCACAUGUCUCGUCCGACGCGCUGAAAAGGGCAAGAUUGUACAAGAUGCCUACCCGGACCAUGUCGUCGAGGUUGUCAUCGGUGACCUUGACGACGUCGAGACGAUUGAGGAGGAAUGUCGGAAAUCAGACCUCGUUCUUCAACUAGCCGAUACAAAACACAUGGGUGCCGCCCACGCCAUCGUUAAAGGAUUGACUUGGAGAUCACGUACCACCGGUUCAAAACCGACGUAUAUACAAAUGUCGGGAGCUUCACUCUUUGUGAAAUCCGAGGUAGACUCCGACAGGUACGGCGAACCUCCCACCACGAUCUGGGGUGACUUGGGCCGUGGUCAACGUGACAUAAUCGAAGUUAUCCACGCCAACCCUUUGCGGGAAAUGGAUAACUACAUCAUCUCCCAAUCUGUAUCUACAAAUGUCCGAACAGCUCUAGUUGUCGGGCCAUUGAUCUACGGUACUGGUUCGGGACCAGGCAACAAGCGAAGCAUCCAAGCGCCCGAAAUUGCAAGAAAGACUAUCCUUGAUGGUGGCGGGUUCAAAUUGAGAAGAGGCUUGAAUGUAUGGAGUAACAUCCACAUUAAAGAUCUGGGUGAAUUGUUUGCAACGCUGGCCAGGACGACUAUGCACGGUGACCGUACGAGUGACACAGAAUUGGACGUCUGGGGCGAGAAUGGUGUCCAUCUUCCUAGUAAUGGAGACAUGGCCUUUGGAGACUUGUGCGAAUCUGUGGCCACUGAAGCUCACUCACAGGGUCUCAUCACAUCCCCGACAAUAAACAGUACGAUCGACGUCGAUGAGGCGGACGCCGCCAUGCCAGGAGGUGCCAUCUUCUGGGGUACCAAUGCCGUGUACAAGUCGGAGAAGGCAAAGGUAUUACUUGGCUGGAAACCUUCGGCGCCAUCAUUGCAGGACACAGUUGCAGAAAUGGUGAGGAUAGAGGCUGAACGACUGAAGAGCUAA